GUUCGAGUCCAAACACCACCUCAGCCAGUUUCUCAGAAGCAUUCACCCAUGAAGACAAUCAUCAGUAUUAAUAUGUAAGAAAUAAAACGCAACAGGGUGUGCCAUUAUAGGAAAAUAAUCACUGCUGAGUUGAAUUUCUGUUACCACACAGACGUUGCUUUUAUCUAUUAAAGAAUGUCAUGUUACUUGUUAUCCAUUUAUAAUUACAUUUAAUGUCUGUGAAACAAAUUAGUUCCUUUCAUAACUUACAUUAUAGCAGCAUCUGUCUCUCUUUUCUCUCUCUUGACGUUAAUAAGACAACAAAAUGCCAUGAGUAGCCAGUGCUACUGCAAAUUACAGGUGUCGUAUUAACACACUUGCACUAAUGUAUGAUUGUUAUUACGCUUUUGUGAAACAAAUUUGAGGUCAGUUUUAUUUUCAGUUUAACAGUGAUUCAUUGCUCUGCAGUAUUACUACAGAGUUUGGGUAACACUUUACAUUACAAACUGAUCAUUUAUAGUGCUUUUAAUAAAUCAGCGAUUACCUGUGUUUAAUUUAUUUAAUGUUGCUGCUAGUGUUAGUUACUGCUGAAUAAGUUUUGGGAAUGACCCACUGAGAACACUUUUAAUUAAUAGUUUAUAUUAGAGUUUUGUUCUAAUAAUAUUUAAUAGAAUACUGUAUAUUUAUUAACAGUCUAAUAACUGAUGGUUAUUAUAAUGCCAGUAAAUUGAUGAGGAAAUUUACUCAUAAACAGAAGUAAGAUGAAAACUAGUAUGUAUGAGUUAGUCUCAUUUAUUAAGCCAUAGGUUUCGCAGAGGUUAUCUUAAAUGCCCAGGACAGUCCAGUGUCCAUUUUGCCUCCAUAUCACAAUGAGCUAUUGAUAUUGAUCACAAGAGUCUGAAAUGCAAUGUGUGUGUGUGUGUGUGUGUGUGUGUGUGUGUGUGUAGAGUGUAAUCCUGAAAAUCUGAAGGGAGAUCAACAACAUACACUGAAAAUCCAACGUGAUGGACUCAUAUGAGACCAUCUGGACACAAACUCAACACUGUAUGUGCAAAUCCAACACUGUUGGUGUUAAUUCGUCACUAUAGGUGCAAACUGAGCUCUACAGAAGUUAAAUUCACCCUUACAGAGUUAACUGUGCCCAGACUAGCACUGUUCAUACAGUGUGCUAUGAACAGUGGCAUUCAUUCAUAUAGGAAUCCAUCAUACUGGAGGAACCAAAUCAAGACUCAGCGCAUGUAUUUGAUGCAGUAGGCUCUAGUGUUACUGUAGGUGUUAGUUAUUAAAGCACAGUGGUGGCUCAGUGGUUAAAGACCCUUAACCCUCUCUGCUCCAGGAGUGCCACAACAUGGCUGCCUCUGUGCUCUAACCCCAGCUUCCUAACAAGCUGGGAUAUGCAAAGAAAACUGUUUGACUCUACUGUAAUGUAUAUGUGAGGAAUAAAGGCUGCUUCUAAUUCAGCACUGCAGGCAUAGAUUCCUCUCUCACAAUAAACCAAGCUGUUGUGGUUUUUUUAAUGCACAUCUACUUCUUUUCCCCCUCAGUUCUUCAUCCCUGCCUGCUGCUGAGAAUAAGAUUACUGACUGAAAUAGGAUUAUUGAUUGAUUUGGGGGAUUAAUAAAGGCGUUGUCACGUGACCCAUACGACAAGAGGAUGAAAUGAAAUUAAAAAAAAAUCACAUCACAUAAUAAGUGAUCGAAGUACAGACAUAGUAAGAGAAGAAGGUAUAACAAUUAGGUAGGAAGAAAAUCCGUGUGUGCGCGCGCGCGCGCGUGUGUGUGUGGCUGCACGCGCAUUGGUCACUGAAGAGGGGGGAUUAAAAGAGGGGGGUCGCGGCGGUGGCGCGCGCACACCACGGACUCGUCGGUAAAACAAGCGGCCAUCAGCGUGAAAACGAGUCCUCUCGUUACGUCACGGCGCCGGGAAUAACACGUCGGAGGCUUAAAAGCACGCGGUGUGUGUGUGCGUGCGUGCGUGCGUGUGUGUGUGUGCGUGCGUGUGCGUGUGUGUGUGUGUGAUGGAGAAGUGGAGCGAGCAGAAUACAUGAAGCCUCUUUAUCAGGAGCAGUUUAAUGACAGAGUAACAGAUGAUGUCCCAGAAGAAGAUUUUCCUGAUUCUGGUGGCAGUUAGUACUGUCAGUUUGCUGUUGCAUCAGGGGGGUCACCUCAGCUGGACCAUGGAAGUAUUCCGAAUGAACUGCCCAUCCCUGAACCCUCCUCAAACUAGCACCACUUUCAAACACACCAAUGUGGUCUUCCUCAAGACGCACAAGACAGCCAGCAGUACUGUGCAGAACAUAUUCUUCCGCUUUGCCGAACGCAACAACCUCACGGUGGCGCUGCCAGUCACCCAUUGUGACCACCAGUUCUGCUAUCCGCGCAUCUUCAGCAGCCAUUUUGUCCACCCCCACACCAUGCCGCCGAACAUUGUGACCAGCCACCUGCGCUUCAGCCGCUCUGAGUUGCAACGCAUUAUGCCCAAUAACACCAUUUACAUCACCAUCUUGCGUGAGCCUGGUGCCAUGUUUGAAUCCCUGUUCAGCUACUACAAUCAGUACUGUGAUACUUUUAAGCGAGUCCCCAAUGGUUCUCUGGAAGCAUUUCUGGACAAUCCCUGGGCUUACUAUCGUCCACAGGAGAAAGAUUCAAUGUAUGCCAGGAAUACGCUGACCUUUGACCUGGGCGGCGAUAAGGAUCGACCGUCUGCAGACGUGGUGAGGUAUGCGAAGCGAUUUGCUGCAGAAGUGGAGUAUGUCUUCUCACUGGUCAUGAUUGCAGAAUAUUUUGAUGAAUCGCUAGUCCUGCUGCGGCAUCUGCUGUCAUGGGACUUAGAGGACGUGCUCUACAUCAAGCAAAACAUGCGAAUGCCUUCAUCUAAAGGCAACCUUUCUGAAGCACAACUGGGCAAAAUCCGGGAAUGGAAUGCUAUCGAUGCCAUGCUGUAUGACCACUUUAAUGCUUCACUUUGGAGGCAGCUGAAUGAACUGGGGCUAGCUUGUGUUGCUAGGGAAGUAAAGCUGCUGCGUCGUGCCCAAGAACAGAUGAUACGUAGCUGCUUUGGUGGAAAUUUGCCUCAGCUACGCUCAGCUGCAGAGAUCACCAACAAAGAACUGCGGCCCUGGCAGCCCAGCUCCAAGGUGGCUAUUGUUGGGUACGACUUACCUGUCAAUGCAUCAAAGGAGUCUGGCAUGUCAAAGGACAUGUGCCUGAAAAUGAUCAUGCCCGAAGUGCAAUAUUCAAAGCAACUGCUGCACGUGCAGAUGCUGCGUUACAGGAGCAGGUAUUUUUUAAAUAAUGUGCUGAAACCCUCUGGCCAGCACCAACAACCCACUGGUUCCAUUUUACGUCAUUCAGUCACACCGGGGAGGAGCCCCAGAGCACGGUCCUUCCACCAGACACGUCAAGUUGGGUCACACAAUUAGUCCCAUCGUUUUCUUCUUUUCAUCUUGUGACACAGACUGCAGGGAAAGAGCUUUGAAGCACAGUGAAAGUCCAAGAUUAUACCAGCCAUCUAAAACUCCCUCCUCAGGACCUGUUUACCUGUGCCAUUUCAGUGUAUGGCUUAAAGAAUUCCUCUAAUGAGGACUUUGCUAGCUGGAUCUGUGAAUCUCAUAAAGACCAGAGUAUGUGUAUGUGUGAUGCUUUUUGUUAGCUGUAGGAUGUGACUGUAUAAAUACAGCACUCUCUCACGUGAACAUGCACACACAUACAUACAUGGUACAAACAUACAUUCUGCCUCUGCAAGCACAUAUCCUGAGGACAUACGCUUCAUUGCCUGGGUCUUGAGGAAAGAGGGGUUUAUCCAUAGGUUUACCUUUUACAUUUGGCAAUAAUGUGGCUUCAUGACAACAUCUGGAGUAGGCACUAGAGGUAUUUGCAUAUAAAAAAAAACUGCACCAUUAAAGGGACAGUCAGCAAAUUUAGCAGGUAACAGCCUGAGUUAGAGUUUUUAAGUUUUCUAACUUUAAAAUCAAACAGCCGUGCUCAUCCAUGUUUCCAGCCAAGCUACACCCCAAGACAUAGAGAUGUGUGCUGCCCCGGCUACAAUGCCUAAACACUAGUGCAAGAAGUGCUGCGUACUGAAUUGACAGGCAAUAUGAUUGACUUCCUUGUCUUGAUUGGUUGGAUGUUGUGGUCCACAUCCUUUGUUUUUUUUCCCCAGUGUAAAGAAUCUGGGGCAGCACAGAGACUGUGUUUUUCUCCUGACUACAUUAUAUUCUCACUUUAUCUAAGCAGGCAGAAUGGAAGGAGAAAAGCAUUCUGACUUGAAAUUUAUCAGGGCUGUGCUUCAGUCAAAUGACAGAAGACAUCUGUAAACUCCUUCGUUUGAAUCACAAGAAGUUCUUGCCAGACAUUGAAGACGCAACCCUCUUAUAGGGUGAAAAGCAUUUAAAUAUUUAAUAAUUUAAUCUUCAGUUUUUCCUUGGAUGCUGCUUGGGUUACACUGCCCUGCAUUUUCUUCCAGUUGUUGCAGGAGCAUGCUGAUCAGCUCAGAGCAGAGGAUGGCAGAAAGAAUUAAUGAGGGACAGAAAAAAAAAAGCUAAGACAGAUGAGAAAAUGGACUGUCAUGCUACUGUGCAAGACUCACUAGUUUCGGGAAGCAAUUUGCAGUAACACAGUGACCUUGAAACCUUCCUCAUGACAGGUAGUACAGUGUUUUCACACUGUUGUACAAUUACAUAUAAGGCUUAACUUCUCAUCUGCCGACAGUCUCACCGUGAAAGCCGUCCUCACAGCAAAUGUACAGGAUGUAAUUUAUAGUUUAUAUUUAAUAUUGAAGCUAUUUGAUUUGCUUUAAAAUUUUCUCUUAAUGCUGGUACAUGAUUAGAGUGUAUUCAGGUUUAUUUUUUGACAACAGGUUUUUUAGUCUUGAGUGUCUCAUCUGUGCACCACUGGAAAAAUUGUGUGUGUGUAAACCCAAGAAUUGUAAUACUGCAUUCCAAAAAUUCAAAAGUCCUCGAUUUUCUUUUAUUGUAUGUGUAACAGAAGGUCACCUAUUAUUAUUAUUAUUAUUAUUAUUAUUAUUAUUAUUAUUAUUAUUAUUAUCAUCAUAUACCUAGCAGUAUCUGAGAGGCAAGUUGUGCUGUGUCAAUCAUUUGAUUUGCUUCCUUUUUAUUAUGCACAACUAACAAGCAUUUGGAGCAUUAGAGCUUUAUCAGAAUAUGAUUUUGUACUUUCAUGUGAUUUAACCCUGCCUGUACUAGGUAAUAGACACCACACGUACACCUUGCUUUAAAAUGGAUUGCAAUGUACAACACAUAAUAAGUGCAAAUGAUAUUCCUCCCAUGAUAAAUGAGUUUAACUAGUAUGACAAGUCAAUUUAAAAUUUAUCUGUGAAGCCAGUGGUUGUGUAGUCACAGGUGUGUGUAGAUGCCUUUGAUCCAGUAAAUCGAGAGCCGAUCUGCAAUGUGAGCUGUGGACAGGGUCAUAAACCAAACCAUGUGAGCUAUGCGCUUUUAAAAAUUGCCUGCUCUUGCAAAAAAAAAGGAUUUUUUUCAUAUUGGAUUCUAGUUUAGAACUGUUUAUUAAUGUAGGUCAUACUAAUACAUGUGAACAAUACACACACACACACACUUUUCAUCUUCUCUUUCAUUUAGGUUAAUAACAAAGUAUCGAAGAUUAGGUGAGAAUACUGUCUCGCUGAGUGAGGCGACGCUGUACUAGGCGACGCUGACAAGCACCUGAUGCUCACACACAUCAGCCAGUUCACACCUCGUUUUCACACUCAGAACUGUGUAUCUUAUCCGUCUCACACUGUUGUGAGCAGGAGAGAGCGAUAAGAUAAACCAGGGCUCGGAUACUACUUGAAUCAUAAUAGCGGGAUCUUCAAGAUCUGAGAUUCCUUGUCAUAUUAAUAAGUGCUCUUGUAUUAUGAAUUAUUACAUACAUAUAUAUAUAUAGUUUUUUGAGUAAUAGAGCGUUUUAAACAGACACCCGUCAUCAGCUGGCCAAGCUGUAGGAUGUGACCUGCUUCCUUUAUUCCUGAAUUCCUAAAUAAAAAAUAAAUUCCUUUAUUUUUCAAUGACUAAAAAACUGACUGAAAACAAUGAAAUUGUACUGUAUGUGAAUAUUAGUUGUUGGGAUUUUGUCAUUUUGCUUGAGAUUAAAAAAAAGGUUCUCAGAUCUUAAAAGGGUACUCUAAUGUAUACUGUGCUACUGUUCCCAUCAGAUGGACAUAAAAAUAAAACACGACUGUGUCGUGUGUGAGACACUGGAUUUGUUCUAAGUUCAUUUUCAAACGGCAUGUUUAUUUUGAACAGGAGCUUUAAAUAAGAUGUUUCUGACAAUCAGAUUUAAGAUGUGUUAAGUUAUGUAAAGAGAAUAAAACCAAUAAAAAUUAAAA